AUGUUGGGAGGGAAGGACAUCAAGGAAAAGAUUCAAUUGGAGGAGAAUGUCAAACAUGCAUUUGCGGUGAGGCUUAAGAACCUCAUCGCAGAGGUACACGUUUUAAAGGAAGGGAAGGUGGAGCAGCAGCAGGAAAAAUUAGAGAGAGAAAAGAAAGCGGAGCAACUGAGGGAAAGGAGAAAAAAGGAAAGAGAGUCGAGAAUAAGAAAAGAGGAUGGCACAAAAGGGAAAGGUAGGACAAAAGGGCUGUCUGAUUGGAGCAGGUCCAGUGAGGAGAAUGAAGAGGACGAUGAUAGCUACUUGGAUAGUGAGGAGGAAAAGGAGAAAUGGCAGGAGAGAGAGAAGCGCAGGAAGUUGUCCGGCAUCGUUCCACAGGUCUCGCUGACGAGGGUUGACUUGACAACUGUUGACCCCGAGAAAAGUGUGUACAGUGAGGAUCCGAAGAUUCAGAAAAGGAUGGAAAAGCUGGAAGAGAUGAAAAGGAAGAAGAAAGGGGAACAGAAAGGGGACAUGAUGGAGAGGUGGAAGGAGGUCACCAUCUCGAUCACUGAGUACAUGACUCGGGACGAUGUUAAGAUCACCAAGCAGGCCUCGGGUCAGGUGAUGAGAAGAGUGCUGGACCUCCAACAAAUCGUGGUAGAAUUAAUAGGGGAGAAUAAGGAACUCACAGCAAGGUUGGAUGAAAAAGAAAAAGAAAAUGAAAGGUUGUGGACGGAGAUAAGGAAAGGUGGUAGAAAUAGAAGAGACGAAUUGGAGGUAGCAGCAAGUGAGGAGGAGGCGAUGCAUUGGCAAGAAGAAACAACGGUCGAGGAAAGUAGGAAAAAGGCAAGGAAGACGCAUGCGGUGGUUGUACAGGGAAAAGGCAUUAAGGAACCGGAGGAACUGCAAAAGAAAUUAUGGGGGGUCACUAAAGAUUUAGACAUGAAUGUAGAGAGGGUGAGAAGGAUACGAGAUGGAAAGAUAAUUCUGGAAAUGGCCACGGAGAAAGACAAAAAGAGGAUACUAGAGAAGAGGAGGAUAAUGGAGUCGGGAAUAAAAGCAGAAGAAGUUAAGAAGUAUCGACCGUUGAUGAGGAUAGGAGGAGUAGAAAAGGAGAUGAAGGAUGAAGAGCUGCUAGAGGAGAUCUGGAGGAGGAAUUUCAAAGAACAGCUGACGGAAGAGGACUAUAAGAAGACAGUGAACGUGAAAAUGAGAAUAUGA